AUGGUCGACGCAUCGGUUAUGGUGAGUAUUGCACCUACUUCACCCGUUGGAUAUCUUUGUGCAAGGAGGAUCUUUUGUGAUCAAGGACACCAUGCUUCCACUAUCAUCUCGUAUGAUAAAGCGUUACAACGUGUACCAGCAACGGAUUCCAGACAUCAUCAUCACCUGUUUACAACAAAGGAAGCAUCGUACAACGUAGUCAACAGGCUCAUCUAUCUCUGCUUGGAAUUGGCCUUGAAGGCAAGCACCUUGAUCUAUGCAGCAGCUGACGACAAGAAUAGCAAUGGCAAUUGGAUUGGGAUUUCGAAUUGGAAGGCCUCCUUGGAAACGAGAGAACAUGAUCAACUACUGGAGAUGGUACCUUACAUCAAAGCACUUGUUUUAUUGGAUGCAUACAAUUUCAAGCGUUGA